AGUUUGAACAUUGCCGGACCUUUGAAUUCCUGUAUUACUUGCUUUGUGAGAUUUUAUUUCGUGCGUCAGUGUUUGUUUGGCGUCAGUCUGAUGUCCCAAGCGUAUUUGGAGAAGUGUCUGGUACUUCGUGUGUGCACCAACGCUUGAGUCAAGAAUUUCAAAUAAACAGAGGUGCGUGUGUGCGCGCGCGCGCGCAGAAAGAGAGAGCGAGCGAAAGAGAGAGCGCUUGCAUGUGUGCUGCACAUAUUAUAUUCGGAAUAGUAAUCAGAGAAUUCAUCCGGCUAAAUGUGUGUUCAAAAAUAAUAAGACCCGCAGCCUGGAAGCUGUCUUGUCUAUCUAUUAGCUACAGAUAUUUAAUUCAUACAGAGUACAGCAGUAGCAGAAAUUUGGAAAUGAUAAACAUUCUCAGGUGAAUGGAGACUACAAGACCGUAUUUUAGAAAAUAAAAAGCUGAAUGCACUGGAGAUGAGCUGGUGUAAUUCAGUCAUUGACUACUGAUUUUGUCUGUGGCGCUCGCCACAACACGCAUCGGAGACGAACUAAGGAGCGCGUGCCUGUUGGACUCAGGAGUUGACAAGAGAUCGAAGUCGGACCUCCUGGCUCACACAAGAAGAUAAUGGGCACACUCCGGGACCUCCAGUUCGCCCUGCAGCUAAAGAUCGAAGAGCUGCGCCAGCGUGACACCCUCAUUGAUGAGCUCGAGUUGGAGCUGGACGCCAAGGACGACUUGAUCCACCGACUUCAGGGGGAGUUGGACCGCUACAGGGCAACCCUUUCUCCUCCGGGGCCUUCCACAGCAGCAGGGCCAUCUGCACCCCCUGAUGAGCCCCAGCGCACAAAGAGACAGGCCAUUUCUGCUGAGCCCACGGCCCUGGACCUGACACAGCUCAAACAUGUCACCCUGACCAGCUACAGCAAGAGCAAAGAGUCUCAGCAGUUGAUCCAGACGGCCCUGCUUGAGAACGACUUCAUGAAGCACCUCGAGCAAGGGCAGAUCCUGGCCAUAGUGGACUGCAUGCACCCCACGACUGUGGCUCAGGGGUGCUGCGUCAUCCAGGAGGGGGACGAUGGCUCGCUUGUCUACGUGUUAGAAGAGGGGAAGGUGGAGGUAACCAAGGAGGGUCAGAAGCUGUGCACCAUGGACCCGGGGAAGGUGUUCGGAGAGCUGGCCAUCUUAUACAACUGCACCCGUACCGCCACCGUCACAGCCUUAACUGAUAUCAAACUGUGGGCAAUUGAUCGGCAGUGUUUCCAGACCAUCAUGAUGCGGACCGGCUUGAUCAGGCACUCUCAGUACAUGGAAUUCCUCCACAGUGUGCCUUCCUUCCAAACCCUGCCUGAGGAUGUGCUCAGCAAAGUGGCCGAUGUGUUGGAGGAGACCCACUACAGUGAUGGGGAUUACAUAAUUCGGCAGGGGGCCACUGGAGACACCUUCUUCAUCAUCAGUGAGGGCCAGGUAAAUGUCACCAAGCAGAAAACAACUAGUGAGGAGCCAGCUUUCCUGUCCACUCUGUCCAAAGGUGAUUGGUUUGGAGAGCAGGCUUUGAAAGGGGAAGAUGUGCGGACCGCUAAUGUUGUCGCAGUGGGAAAUGUGACGUGCCUCGUCGUUGACAGAGAGACUUUUAAGCAGCUGAUAGGAGGCCUGGAAGACGUAAGCAAAAAGGCGUAUGAGAGCGAUGAAGCCAAAGCUAAGGUGGAGGCGGAGGCUGCCUUCUUCUCCAACGUGUCCCUCGGUGAUUUCCGGGUGAUCUGCACUCUCGGAAUGGGGGGGUUCAGUCGCGUGGAGCUGGUGCAGCUGAAGAACGAUCCCAGUCGGUCCUUCGCGAUGAAGGUGCUGAAGAAGAGGCACAUCCUGGACACCAGCCAGCAGGGCCACAUCCUAUCGGAGAGACGCAUCAUGAUGGAAGCGGUCAGCCCGUUUACCGUCAGGUUGUACCGUACCUUCAGAGACGCCAAGUUCCUGUACAUGCUAUUGGAGGUCUGUUUAGGCGGGGAGCUGUGGACACUGCUGAGAGACAGGGGCUCCUUCGACGACAGCACCACACGCUUCUACACCGCCUGCGUGGUGGAGGCCCUCAACUUCCUCCACUGCCGCGGCAUCAUCUACCGGGACCUCAAGCCGGAAAACAUCAUUCUGGACGAGCGCGGAUAUGCCAAACUGGUGGACUUUGGCUUUGCAAAGAAGGUGGGCCUGGGGAAGAAAACGUGGACCUUCUGUGGGACCCCGGAGUAUGUGGCCCCCGAAAUCAUCCUGAACAAGGGCCACGACGUGUCGGCGGACUGCUGGUCCCUGGGCAUCCUGAUAUUUGAGCUGCUGAGUGGGAGCCCCCCAUUCUCAGGCUCAGACCCCAUGAAGACAUACAACAUCAUCCUGCGGGGGAUCGACAUGGUGGAGUUCCCCAAGAAGAUCACCAAGAGCGCUGCGAACCUCAUCAAGAGACUCUGCAGGGACAACCCGUCAGAGAGACUAGGCAACCAGAAGAAUGGGGUUAAGGACAUUCAGAAGCACAAAUGGUUUGAAGGCUUCAACUGGGAAGGCAUUCGCAAAGGAACCCUGACCCCUCCAAUCAUGCCUAUUGUUAGCGGUCCCCUGGACACUAGAAAUUUUGACAGCUUUCCUUAUGACAACGAGGACCCGCCCCCUGAUGAGGAGUCUGGCUGGGACAUAGAGUUUUGAUCAAACAGAUCUGAAUUGCUUUGAUGUUGGUGGAAGAAUGGAGAAAUACAGGGAACUGGACUUGUCUGGCGUGCGCUGGACUAUUUUUUUAUUAGAUGGGCAGCAGUGCCUGCGUGAUUGUAGGUCAGCAGGACCCUACAUUGGGAGCAAGCAUCAAAAGAAAGCCAUGCUAUUUUUCAAGACAAUAAGACUGAAGGGCUUAAAAAUGUUUUUACAAUUGUGUUUUGAUUCAGUAUUUUGUAAUUAACUCAGUUCUUUCAUGACUUAACUUUUUUUCCCCCGAGUACAGAUUCAGUCAACUUUGUGUUUGUACUGGAGCAAAACUAAAGCAUGUCAUGACGUGCAAAUUGUUUUGAGUGUUUUGAAUCUUUUUUUUGUUCAUUUUUAUGGCGUGUAGCCUACUACACCUGAUAGACGGGUGCUAGGUAACUAACAGAAAGAGGCAGAGGUGGAGCUAAAGGAUUGAAAGGAAGGAAGAUGGCAACAUUGCCCACCUUCCAUCAAAUAAUCAUAUAUACAGUUGUAAAGAUAUUGAGCAUAAAGACUACAGAUCACUGAUAAUCAGAUAUAGCCUACAGUAAAACAGAAGUUCUGUUUACUGUAUGACCUUGUCACGGCAAAUAUUGUAUAUGUUGUGCAUUUAAUAUGCUAAUGUAUGCCUUCUAUAUAUGGGUUAUAGCCGCAAUUUAAAGUUUUAGGCAUUGCGUUUCGUUUUUAUGUAUUUUGCAUAGUUUCGCAUGGUAUUGUUAAUUUGUGUCCCAUGGAUAAUACGAUUAUUUUAAUAACAACCUGAAUUAAGUAUGGUAUUUUAUUAGCUAAAGUAAUUGUCCCUCUUUUAUAAUGACGUAAAUCGGGAGAGGAGGAAGGG